AUGUCUCAAUCCCAGCUUCCCAUCGUUGAGUCGCUGGCUGGCCCCGUCAAAGAUCAGGCCAGUAAGGCAGACAAGGCGAAGGGCAAGACCAAGCCCACACCCAAUACCCUCAAGCGCGUCCUCCUGUCCGGCCCAGGCUUCCAGAUGUACCAGAACGCCGCCGGUGAGGACAUCAAGAUCCUUGAGGAUAUGUACGAGGGCAUGGCUUUCAAGAACGCGCUCCGCGCCGUGUCUUCCAACCUCGACAAGGAGGCCGUCGACCUCGCCAUGGCCAAGCUCUUCCUCGAGGCCGACAGACUCUCCGACCAUCAAGCCCACAUCACUGAGAGCAUCCCUGGUCUCCUUCUCCUCGCUGCCAAGCAAGCCCCAUGGGUCGUCGCUGCCAAGAAGGAUAUGAAGCCGACCGUCGCAGCCGAGGUCAUGAUGUGCCUCUACGAAGCUCGAAGAAUCGCCGUCAAGUUCUCCCGCUACAGACAGCACCCGAUCGAGGAUUACGCAAAGGAGACGGCCACCGCCCUCGCUAUCGACGAAUUCCGCAACGAGAAGCCUAGCGAUGAGCCCGAGGAGAUCUUUGCCGACUUCACGGAUGAACAGCGCAAGAAGAUGAUGGGCAAGAUCAUCCGACCAAUCAUUGAGAUCAACAAGCAAGACCCAGGUUUCCUCGUCGUUCCCCUUGCCCAGCUACUUUUGGUUCCCUUCGCCGCCGCUGCUGACCCGGCGUACAGCCGAUCUUGGACUGAAUCAGUGUUCUUGAUAAAUGAGUCCAACUGGGGGGCUGGCGAAGGUUGGGGAGCUGGUGUACUUGAUUUCCUUCAAGAUGAGACUUGCGAGUUGGGCAUUUUGACCCUAGCUUAG